GGUGUCAAAAGUGCAAGUUUUUUAUGCCCAGCAAAAUACUUAUAAACAAGUGCCAGCAUCUUUGUUCUCGCUCAGUGUGCAUUGUUGGAGUAAAAGGGUCCAGAGAGAGAGAGAGAGAGAGAGAGAGAGAGAGAGAGGUAGGUAGGUAUGGCUUCUAAGCCAGGAGUGCUCACGGAUUGGCCAUGGAAACACCUUGGAAGCUACAAGUUCGUGUUAUUGGCACCCUGGGCGAUUCAUGCGACGUACUCUUACUUGGUGAAGGAUGAAAAGGAGAGGGAUUUUGGGUAUUUCCUCGUUUUCCCCUUCCUUAUGUUUAGGAUGCUUCACAACCAAAUCUGGAUCAGUGUUUCUCGAUACCGCACUGCCAAAGGAAGUAAUCGGAUUGUCGACAAGACCAUUGAAUUUGAGCAAGUUGACAGGGAAACCAACUGGGAUGACCAAAUAUUGUUCAAUGGAAUAAUCUUCUACAUAGGAGUACUGGCAGUGCCUGGAGCCGCUCAGCUGCCUUUAUGGAGAACAGAUGGCGUGGUCCUGACCGUGUUGCUUCACAGUGGUCCAGUGGAGUUCCUCUACUACUGGCUCCACAGAGCACUCCACCACCACUACCUUUACUCUCGCUACCAUUCCCAUCACCACUCCUCCAUCGUCACCGAACCCAUUUCGUCUGUGAUACAUCCGUUUGCGGAGCACAUAGCCUACUUUACGCUGUUCGCGAUACCGUUGCUGUCAUCGACGGCGACGAGGACGGCGUCGAUAGCGUCGUUUGCGGGGUACAUAAGCUACAUAGACUUGAUGAACAACAUGGGUCACUGCAACUUCGAGCUCAUCCCCAAGCUCCUCUUCUCCAUCUUCCCUCCUCUCAAGUUUCUCAUGUAUACUCCUUCGUAUCACUCCCUGCACCACACUCAAUUCCGGACCAACUACUGCCUUUUCAUGCCGAUUUACGACUACAUCUACAGCACCAUGGACAAGUCCACCGACACCUUGUACGAAACCUCGCUCCGCCGACCGGACGAGUCGCCGGACGUGGUGCACCUAACGCACCUAACGACGCCGGAGUCGAUCUACCAUCUCCGAGUCGGAUUCGCCACCUUUGCCUCCAGGCCUUACACUUCCAAGUGGUACUUAUGGGUGAUGUGGCCUUGGACAUUUUGGUCCAUGAUGGUUACCUGGAUUUACGGUCGCAAGUCCUUCGUGGUGGAGAGGAAUGUUCUGGGGCAACUCAAGCUACAAACUUGGGCUAUACCAAAGUACAACAUUCAGUACUUUAUGCAUUGGCAAAGAGAGUCCAUCAAUAACUUGAUUGAGGAUGCCAUACUGGAAGCUGACGAAAGGGGCACCAAAGUUUUGAGUCUUGGUCUCAUGAAUCAGGGGGAGGAGAUUAACAAGGGUGGGGAGCUGUAUGUCCGAAGGCACCCUGAGCUCAAAGUGAAGGUGGUGGAUGGGAGUAGCUUAGCAGUUGCUGUUGUGUUAAAUACCAUUCCCAAACAAACAACCCAAGUCCUCCUCGCAGGCGCCUUCUCCAAAGUUGCCUCUUCCCUUGCCCUGGCUUUGUGCCAAAGGGGCAUCCAGGUGUUUGUUUUGUAUGAAGAUGACUAUAAAAAGCUUAAGGCAUCAAUUGGCACCGGUGCUGCAAGUAAUCUGGCCCUUGCCAAAACUGCUAUUAAGACAUGGCUGGUGGGAGAUGGAUUUAAUGAAGGAGAACAAUUGAAGGCCUCAAAGGGCACAUUGUUCAUUCCAUUCUCACAAUUUCCUCCAAAGAGAAUGCGCAGUGAUUGCUUGUACUACGACACACCCGCUAUGGUCACACCCAAUUGUCUGGAGAAUGUAGACUCUUGUGAGAAUUGGUUGCCAAGAAGGGUGAUGAGUGCAUGGCGUAUAGCAGGGAUAGUCCAUGGUUUAGAAGGGUGGAAUGUGAAUGAAUGCGGGAACAUGAUGUUUGACAUUGACCGAAUUUGGGAAGCCGCUCUUCGGCAUGGUUUUCACCCUCUCAAGAGUACUUGAUCAUCACACCAAGGACUUCUCAAAUGCCAGACUUGAUAAUCACACUACGAAUCUCUAUUAUAUUAUAAUAGCAUUAAAAUUUUCAUACAAUAAUCACACUACGAAUCUCUAUUAUAUUAUAAUAGCAUCAAAAUUUUCAUGCAAAUCUCUCUACUACGAAUCUCUAUCUCUAUUAUAUUAUAAUAGCAUCAAAUUUUUCAUGCAAAUCUCUCUACUACGAAUCUCUAUUAUAUUAUAAUAGCAUCAAAAUUUUCAUACAAAUCUCUCUCUCUCUCUUUCCAUAUAUAUAUAUUCAUUUAUAUACGGAUGCCUGUUGUUGAUGUUUAAGUACUUAAGUUUAAACAUAUGCAGCUUGGCUAGCUAGUUUGUUACAAUUUGUCUCUGAACAUGGUUUGGAUGUUGGAGAGCAAGUAUUGAUGUCAUAUAUUCUAUC